CAAGCUUUUACUGUAUUUUCUCGACCCUUUCUACCAAGUCCCAACCCAAAUUUCAGGUACCUUUGCUCUAUUCUGAAGAAUGGAAGCCGGAGAGAGUUCUGGAGCGAAACCCUGUGACGAAGUCUGGGCGAAGCUUGUGCCAUCAGACUCAAGAUAUCCAGAUGUUGAGAUACGGUUAGAGUGUAUGGUUAUAUGCUCAGAUAUAACAUGUUCUUCACCUAAAAAGCAUGAGUGGUGCAAAAUAACGAGGAACUUGGACCUGUGUUCAGCGACAUUGCAGAAUCUGAGUUCAGAAACUAUAAUAGUUGAUGAAACGGUUCUUGGGAGAGAAGGUACAAUGGUAAUCAAUUGUGGGAGUGAAGUAAUUUCUGGGCCAAGUAGAGACGGUUACCUGUGUUAUAAAUUUGAAGUAAUGCCAACCCAGGAACUUUGCAACAGACGGUUAGAGAUCUCCUUAGAUGUUGAGAAUGCUAAAUGUAGCAUUUGCUUGAAUAUAUGGCAUGAUGUUGUGACUGUUGCCCCUUGUCUCCACAACUUCUGCAAUGGGUGCUUCUCGGAGUGGCUAAGAUGGUGUCAGGAGAAACGGUCAAGUGUUCUUUGUCCUCAGUGUCGAGCAGUUGUAUGUUAUGUUGGAAGAAACCAUUUCUUACACAAUAUUGAGGAGAAUAUACUUCAAAGUUAUUCGUCUUUAAAACGUUCCAGUGACGAAGUUGCGGCUCUAGAUGCACAAGCAUCUAUCAAGUCAAAUCUUGUUGUAAGGACUGGAAAAACUCGUCGAAAAAGGCCAUAUUCACCACCAAACGAGGAAAGUAUUGGCCCAGAGUUUCCUUGCCCUCAAUGUGGAACUGAGUUUGGUGGAUUCCAGUGUAAUCAGACUACAGCUCAUCUACAAUGUCAUGCAUGCGGGGGAAUGAUGCCAUCCAGAACUGAUAUUAGUGUACCACAACACUGUUUAGGAUGUGAUAGAGCUUUUUGUGCUGCAUAUUGGCAGGCUCUAGGGGUUGUUGGAAGUGACUUUCACACAGUUUGCAUUCCCGGGAGCUUCAAGCCUAUUUCAGAAUAUGCUAUAUCAAGAAUUCCUUUUUCAGCACACCAAAAUAAUCCAGUCGAGCAAGAUAUCACAGAAAGGUGCAUUAGACAGACUGGGAAGACAUUGCAGGAUAUUAUAUCAGAUUGGAUAGUUAAGUUGAACAACAGAGAAAUUGACCGAACAAGGAUGCCACUGAAUCAUGCGGAGAUGAUAACUUCUCGGACACACUUUUGCAACGAUUGCUAUGAGAAAUUGGUCUCAUACCUCUUGUACUGGUUUCGGGUUUCAGUGCCUAAAUAUCUUUUACCUCCUGAUGCAUCUCAAAGGGAGGACUGCUGGUAUGGUUAUACAUGUCGCACUCAACAUCAUAGUGAAGAGCAUCGUCGUAGAAGGAACCAUGUUUGUCGUCCUACUAGAGGAAGCAAUAUUUAAUUGUACCUACAGGUCUGAACAUGUUUUGUGAUACCCUAAGAGUCUUGUGUUG